CCAACUGAUGGUGGGGACAAGUGGGGGGCUCAUUUUCCAACUCAGUCUCCCCGACACCACUCAUGGGGGAGGCACUCACAAUAGACAACAACAACAGCAGCAGCAACAACAGCAAUACACUAGCCACACCCCUGCCAGUUCUACUAACUCAAACUCUGGUGGUGCGGGCACUGUGGGGAACCCCCCGGGAUGUCCAAGUAGGAGUGGUGGUGCUGGGGGGACGGCUGGACUGAGAAGAAACUCCGUCAACAUCGCCAUACUGCCUAUCAGACAUAUUGGACCGGUGAAGUUCAUACACCCUUUCACGUAUCAAUCCCAAGUGAAGAGAAAAAGUGACUUUGACUUCGGAUUUCCCCGACGACCUCUGCGAAAUUCGGGAAACAAUGGCGCCGCUGUCGGAAGCAACUCGGCUACGCCUCUAGGCCGAGGUCUAGCGAACAGUUCCUCAUUACGUAACAAAAACCGAAUGCAGAGUGUGGCAAGAACUUUUACUUCUACAAUGACGUUGAAUAAGUCGUACUUGCUUCUGAUUGGUCGAGGCAUAGACGACACGAUGCAGUCUUCGUCAUCCAAUAGUGCUUACAAUGCUUCAUCUGAGAGUGGUUCUGACACAAUAUAUAAUGUACUUCUAUUCCAGUGAAAACGAAUCCCAAGAAAACUGAAUCCUUAAAAUCUACUCAAACAAUAUUUGUAACAUUCGUCUACUGCAGUCACACAUGAGGCUUAAGAAAAAUAGGCCCUAUAACCACUGGCUCAAGGGUC